AUGUCCACCUCCCCGUGGGUCGCUCUCGCGGCGAAGCGAGAGGACCCGAACGCCGCUCUCAAACGUUUCGACGCAGAAACGUUUCGUCCGCCACCUCGAAAUCUCCCGAACGAAACCAUCUGCGUCGUCGACGCGAACGCCAUCGUGAAAGGACAAAACUUGAGCAAUUUGUCCUCAAAAAGCACCAAAGUGGAGGGGGGAGAAUUGCUAUUCAAAGAGUUGGUGACGACGUCGGCAGUUCUCAAGGAAAUUAAAGACGAACACGCGCGAAUGAGGCUGCAAAACGACCCGAAUUGGCAGCGGUUGCGCGUCUCGGAAGCGGACGAGGAGACGGUGUCGCUCGUGAAACGGUUCGCGCGAUUGACGGGGGACAUUGGGCAGUUAUCGGAACCAGAUGUUAACGUCAUCGCGUUAGCGUUAAAGUUAGAGAGAGAGAAGUGCGAUGGGGAUUUGAGUCACAUUCGGACGGUUCCGCCGCCGGCGAGGAAAUAUCGACGCAAAGCGAGCAAGACGGGCGCGAAGCCGCUUCCGGGAUGGGAUUUCGUGAGCAACGCGGAGGAUUGGAAAGAAUUGGACGAGAUGAACGCGGAGAUGGAACGGAUGGAGAAAAAGUUAGUGGUUGGGGAGGACGUCUCCGAACGGUUCUCGAAGAUUGCGUUGGAGAAGGAGAAAUUGUUGCAGAGAGGGUUGGAGGCGAAGAGUUUAGUGAAAGACGACGGGGACGAGAAAGAACGAGAAGAAGAAAAAGAAGCGGCGUACGAAGAAGGCGCGAACGACAAGGACGACGACGAGUGGGAACCUGCGAUUUCUAGAACCACGCGAGUUAGAAGAAUGAAACGAGAACAAAGAAACAGAGAGCGCGAGGAUGAAAUAGAAAAAGAACGAGAACAAAUAAUAGCCGCAGAGAUGCAACAACAACAAGAAGAAAAAGAAGAAGAAGAAGGAGAUGAAGGCGUGGACGAAAACGCCGGCGUCUCCUUUUUUCAAUCCGAACCGGGAGAGAUUCCAGACACUGACGAAGACGACGACGAUGAAGAAGAAGAAGAAGGAAACGACGACGACGCGCUCAGUCAAUACACGGAGAAAACGCAAAUCUUGACCGAGGAGCAACAAAAGCACGAACAAAAACGGCAAAAAUCUCUCGUUUCCGUCGUCACCGCCGAUUACGCCAUGCAAAACGUCAUCUUACAACUCGGUUUGAAACUGUUCACCCCAGACGGCAUGCGCGUGAAAGAAGUCAGACGAUGGGUCUUGCGUUGCCACGCGUGCGAAACCGUCACUGCCAACACGCAACGCGUCUUCUGCCCAAAGUGCGGCAACAACGCCUUGGAACGGGUUGAAAAAUUCACCGGCUCGGACGGCGCCGAACACUACGGCGUCCGAAACAAACACGUCUUGAAAGGCACGAAAUAUUCAAUCCCGAUGCCUAAAUCCGGCCGAACGGGUAAAAAGAUGGAACCCAUCCUCCGCGAAGAUCAACUCAUCGGACGUAAAAUCACCAAAAAAGAGCGCGAAUUGAACAACAUCUCCAAGAAAACCGAAGACGUGUUCAACUGCGAGUUUAGCGAGGAUAAAUACGGCGAAUACAAACACGUCGGCGACGCGCAAAAGACGAUCAUAAGCAUCGGCGGCGGGAACGUCAAGAAGAAUCCAAACGAAAGGAAACACGUCGCCACGAAUAGAAGACGCAAGUAG